AUGGCCGGUAUGCAAGGAAUGGCGCAGCCACAAGGAAAAGCAAGGACAAAGCAAAUAGGUAUCCGUUUCGUAGAGACCGGGUAUUAUUCAGAGCAAGGCUGGAUGAUGGAGAGAAGGGCCGCUGUUGUUCAAGAGGACCUUGGGGGUGGCAGCUUUGAUGAGCCGAAGGCUGCCCGCCAAUUACAGCAUACCGCACUGCGAGCUGGCGCGAGCGGUACCGGCCGGUAUUGGUCCGCACGUAUCACAAGCUGCGGCGGUAGUGGCUCGCUCUCUGAUCCUGUGGUCAGCGGCCACAGGGGCAACAGCGCUCGCGACACGCUAAUCUCAGCUAGGCGGGCCAGCAGUCGGAGGGUUUCUAGGGGCGUCCAGCAACUGAACGUGUCAAGAUCCAGCGCUUCCAUGCCUCUUGGUAAUCCCAUGGAUGGAUGGCCCAUGGACCAAGCCGCAUGCACACAGAGCACAUGUACUGUAGAGGUGCUGGGUGCAUGUAAGAGUACCUGGCAAGGCCCCGUGAAUGCGCCUAUUGGCUAUUCCGUCUGUCCCGAGCAGAGGGAUGAUGUGCUGGUGUACCCAAGUUACAGCAUCGACGACAGCGCUCUAGGCAUGCCUCAGCCACCUCACCAGACCAGACUGGUCCAGGCCAGUGACCGGCUCCGGCGCGUCAUCCCCCAUCAUCCGCCGUGCCAAAAUGACGUCCCCGCCGAAAAGGGAUGA